AUGGCGCCCGAGAAACGAAACAAGUUCCUCGACGCCGAAGAGAGCGACGACGACCUCGACCAAGGCUACGACUCCGAGGCUGAGGAGCUGCGCAAAGGAGGCCGCAGCGCCAAGAGACGUAAGGUCGACUCAGAUGAAGAAGAUGACUUCAGCGACGAGGAAGGCGGUCUUGUAGACCAGGAAAAGGACAGUGAAGAUGAAGACCAAGAAGACGACGACGACGAGGAGGCAGAACCCUCGACCUCUUCAGGGAAAAAGUCAAAAUCCGCAGCAGAACUCCCCGACGUCUCGAAACCCCUUACGAAAAAGAAUCUUAUCGCGACAGAAGAGGCCAUCAAGAAGUCUGGCGUCGUCUACAUCUCGCGAAUCCCGCCAUUCAUGAAGCCCCAGAAGCUGCGCUCCCUCCUUGAGCCCUACGGCAAAAUCAACCGCAUUUUCCUCGCACCUGAAGACCCGGCCGUGCACGCGCGGCGCGUCAAGGCUGGCGGCAACAAGAAGAAGUCCUACACGGAGGGCUGGGUGGAAUUCAUGCGCAAGAAGGACGCCAAAGCCGUGUGCGAGCUGCUGAACGCUCGCACAAUCGGCGGCAAGAAGGGAUCCUACUACCAUGAUGAUAUUUGGACGCUCAAGUACCUCAAGGGGUUCAAGUGGAGGCAUUUGACGGAGCAGAUCUCGGCCGAGAAUGCGGAGCGGACGAGCAGGAUGCGUGCGGAAAUCAGCAAGGCCAGCAAGGAGAACAAGGAGUUUGUGCGGAACGUGGAGCGCGCGAGGGUGUUGGACGGCAUUGCGGCCACCAAGGCGAAGCGCGGGAAGCAGGCAGCGGCUGCCGCGGAGGAUACGCCUGUGGCCGCGGACGGCGAGGGGCAGGCGGGCGGCGACAAGAGGCGGACGGUGUUCAAGCAGAUACCCUUGGCGGAGAGGAAGAGCGAGGCUGGCGCGGCUGGGAAGCCGGCGGGGGAUGUUGCGCGGGUUCUUGGCAAGAUCUUUUGA